GCCAAGCCAAACUCUUAUUUAUUCUGCACAACCAAUACUUCAACACAGAAUAGUACCAUCCAUGAAGGUUCAAAGGCAUGGCAAGACUAAAAUCCUCUUCAAUAAUCCAAAUAGCCUGUAGGAACUAGGAUCGACGGUAAGAUACGCCCUGCUUCAUAGAUACUACAAUGGAUAAUAUUAGCAACAUCUUCCACAAUGACCUACUCCCAUCUCUAGGAGCAAGAGCAAACCAAUCUAUCAAGUUGAGAAAAUUCAUCAUUUCUCCCUAUGAUUCCCGUUACAGGAUCUGGGAAACGUUCUUGCUUGUGCUCGUUGUUUAUUCAGCAUGGAUCUACCCGUUUGAGCUAGCAUUUCUGAGACAUCUCUCAUGGAAGCUUUUCCUAGUUGAGAACAUUGUCAACAGCUUCUUCGCAAUUGAUAUUGUUCUCACCUUUUUUCUAGCGUAUCUUGAUCACAAGUCUUAUCUUCUAGUGGAUAAUCCAAAAAGGAUUGCAGCUAGAUAUCUCUCUUCCUGGUUCAUUCUUGACGUCUGUUCCACGAUUCCAUAUCAACCGUUUGGGCUACUCUUUAACAAGCAUGGAAAUGGCCUUGCCUAUAGGACACUUAACAUGCUUCGAUUAUGGCGUCUCCGACGCCUCAGUGCUUUAUUUGCCAGGCUUGAAAAGGAUAUCCGAUUGAACUACUACUGGAUAAGGUGCACCAAACUAAUUUCUGUUACUCUUUUUGCAAUACAUUGUUCAGGAUGUUUCAUUUACUUAAUAGCUGAUACAUAUCCCGAUCCAUCAAGAACCUGGAUAGGAGCAGCAAUACCAAACUACAGAUCAGAGAGUCUAUGGAUUCGAUAUGUGACAGCAAUUUAUUGGUCCAUUACAACACUCACAACAACUGGUUAUGGCGAUUUACAUGCGGAGAAUCCAAGAGAAAUGUCAUUUUGCAUAUGUUUCAUGCUAUUUAACCUGGGAUUGACAGCAUACCUCAUUGGUAACAUGACAAACCUAGUUGUCCAGGGAAGUUGCCGUACCAGGAACUUUAGAGAUACCAUCCAUGCUGCCUCUCGGUUUGCUGCAAGGAAUCAGUUACCUGAACAAAUUAGGGAUGAAAUGCUAGCUCAUAUCUGCCUGAGGUAUAAGACAGAAGGGCUGAAACAGAAGGAAACAUUGGAUAGUCUCCCCAAGGCAAUUCGUUCAAGCAUAGCGUGCCAUUUAUACCUCCCUGUCCUAGAAAAAAUAUAUCUUUUUCAUGGUGUUUCUUUUACUUGCAGGCUCCAAUUGGUUACCACAAUGGAAGCAGAGUACUACCCACCAAGAGAAACUGUCAUACUCCAGAAUGAAACGCCUACAGAUGUUUACAUAUUAGUUUCAGGAGCAGUGGAAGAACGGAUAAUGAUUGAUGGGCGAGAAAAGGUUGAGAAACUACUAUCAGGUGGUGACAUAUUUGGUGAAAUAGGAGUUCUCUGCAACAUUCCCCAGCCAUUUACAUUCCGCACGUCCAGAAUUUCACAACUAUUAAGGCUUAACACAACAGUGCUAAAAAACAUUAUUCAGGAAAACAAACACGACAAGGAAAUUAUAAUGAACAAUCUUUACCAGAAAAUGAACUCGGAUCAAAGGUUCUCUACUGACACGAUGGAAGUAUGCGAAGAGACGCUCGAUCAACACUUUGGAGAGUACAACGGAUGUUUUGCAUCCAAUCAGGUCAACAUAAACAAUGAAUCAAAAGCAGGAGAAACAAUAAGACUGGCUUGCAGUGAAGAACGUUGUAAAGAACUCAAUGAAUCAGACAGACAUGGAGCAAUUCACAGUACUACGGAACAGGGUUCCUUUAAUACAAACAUUGAUUUUCCUGAUAAAGGUGAAAGUAUGGAAAAUCAUGUUGCUACAAGUCAGCUUACGGACAAAUGGAAGGCAGAUGAGCAUGAACAUACAUCGACCGACAACUGCAUGACAGGAUAUGGAGGGGCUCGAGAGAGGUUCAAAAACAUACGGCAAGACACAAUAUUAGGGCAGCCAAAAAUCACAGAUAAAAUGCUUACAUGCUUAGUUGCUGGAGAACUCCAGGAGAUCACUGAUACACGCACAGAAGCUGGUUCUGUGGUUUCAGAAAGAAAAAGAGUGACAAUUCAUAUGCAUCCACAACAGAACAAAAGCUUAGCAGUACCAUAUGCAGAAGUCAUAAAUCUACCAGAAUCUCUGGAUCAACUUUUCGGCAUAGCUCGUGAGAAGUUUCCGGGUUAUUGUCCUGUGAAGCUGUUCAAUCAAGAUUUUGCUGAAAUUGACGAUAUAACAGUAAUUCGAGAUGGUGACCAGUUGUUUCUUAUGGAAGUUUGAUUAAGGAUGCUCAAAAAUAUAGACUGUGGAAAGAGCAAUGCAUAGUAUAUGAAGUAGGACUCUCAUUUGAGGAAGUUGCCUAGAUCUCAGCAAACAGGAAUCGAGCGACUUGGUGAAAUCAUGAAGAAAAUGCCACCCAGGAAUCAGUGGGAGACUUGGAGUUACAGUUAUAGACUAGCUAAAUGUAGAUACGAAGAUGUGAUGGAAACAGUUUUAAAUCUGUUCUGCAGAUCAAAUGUUUGGGGAGGGUAGACCUCCGCUGAAUUGGUCGUUUUAGGGAAGAAUAUCACUUUCAGGCAACAAAUAUUAGCAAUAUUGAAUGUUUCACCAAGAUAACUAGUCAAAAAAAUGGAUGAUAGACAUAAAUUCUACAGUAGCUAACUGAGGUACUCUGACCUUUUAAUUGUUAGCUUGUGCGCUUUGAGACUGCAACUAUUUAGAUGAUAAUGAUCCAAAAUGGUCAAA